CUUCUUCUUCUACUACUUUGACUUCUUCUUCUACUACUUUGACUUCUUCUUCUUACUACUUUGACUUCUUCUUUGGUUUCAUAUAUAAAUGUCUUACGUCCACCUGCCAAAGUAUUGCUUUCCUUUUGUUUAGUGGCGAGGAAAAGGAGACACGCACGUGAAAGGACAAGAUGCCUCAGACUCCGCCCUCCUCGGGGCAGCACAACAAGAACCUGGACCAGACCAAGGACCAGGUCUACGCUGGACUCUACUACCAUGACAACAACCUGGCCUCCGGGUCCUUGGAGGCCCUCAUUAAUCACCUGGUGCCCACUUUGGACUACUACCCUGAUAGGACGUUCAUCUUCACCUUCCUGCUCAGUUCCCGCCUCUUCAUCCCGCCGCACCAGCUGCUGGCCCAGGUGUGUCACCUGUGGGCGGAGCAGCAAGGAGCGGGCCACGCCCCAGCAGAGCAGAUCCUGCAGCUUCUGACGGACUGGACAGAAACCUUCCCUCAGGACUUCAGAGACCAGCGUAUGAUGUGUGGUCUGAAGGAGGUCACACUGCACAUCUGCAGCCUAGACCAGGUUUACAGGAAGGCGGUGAGUCAGUUGAGUCGAGGUCUGACCAGGAGGCUGACGGUGCUCAGCCAGUACGAGGAGGCCGUGGUCAAGAUCAACGAGCGCCUCGCCGUUCUCAAAGCCAAGCCCCAGCGGGACCUGCUGUCCAUCUGCAAGGACCCCUUCACCGUCGCCCAGCAGCUGACCCACAUAGAACUGGAGCGACUGAGCUACAUCGGCCCUGAAGAGUUUGUGCAGGCCUUUGUGUGCCAAGACCAGGACCAGGACCAGGACCAGGGUCAGAAGAAGACCAGCAACCUGGGGGCCUAUGUGGACUGGUUCAACAGACUCAGCUACCUGGUGGCCACGGAGAUCUGCUUGCCGCUGAAGAAGAAGCACAGAGUCCGAGUCCUGGACUUCUUCAUCCAUGUGGCGCACGAGUGCUUCGACAUCGGCAACUUCAACUCCCUCAUGGCCAUCUUGUCCGGCAUGAACAUGAGUCCCGUGUCCCGCCUAAAGAAGACCUGGAGCAAAGUCAAGAUGGCCAAGUUUGACAUCCUGGAGCGCCAGAUGGAUGCUUCCGGAAACUUCUCCAACUACAGGACGUGGCUGCGCGGCGCCACCCAGAGGUCACGGAGCGCAGGCAGCAGCAGGGAGAAGAUGGUGGUGCCCUUCUUCAGCCUGCUGGUGAAAGACAUCUACUUCCUCCAGCAGGCGUGUGCCAGCCGCCUGCACAACUCACACCUCAACUUCCAGAAGUUGUGGAAGAUGGCCAAACAAGUCAGUGAGUUCAUCAGCUGGAAGAAGGUGGAGUGUCCCUUUGAAAAGGACCGCAGGAUUCUCACACACCUGCUGACCUCACCUGUCUGCUCUGAGGAUGCGUUGUAUUUGGCGUCGUACGAGAGCGAGGGUCCUGACAACAACAUGGAGAAGGACAGGUGGAAGUCCCUCAGGGACGGGAGGAGAGCGGCUUGUUUCCGUGACGACGGGAGGCGGGGCCUAUCUGCAGGCGCAGGUGUCCACGGUCAUGUUGGGGUAGACCUUGAGGACCACGUUCUUGUCCUCGUCGAAGAACAGGACGCUAAGCGACGCCAUGGUCUCGGGCACGCAGCACGGCUCGGGGACCCCCGGGACCACGCCCACCGCCCGCACGAUGCUCUGGAUGGUGGCGUGGUUGGACGGCCUCAGCGCCUGUUAGCAACGUUAGUGUCUCACUUCUUUUUACACUUCAACCACAGCAAGAAUGUACAAAUGUGACCUAAAAGAUUGUCUUUAAACGUUAUGGUGGUCACAGUUAGCAUGAGCCACAUUAGCAUUAGCAGCACUAGCCACACUAGCAUUAGCAGCACUAGCCUCACUAGCAUUAGCAGCAUUAGCCACAUCAGCAUUAGCAGCUCUAGCCACAUUAGCCACAUUAGCAUUAGCAGCACUAGUCACAUUAGGAUUAGCAGCAUUAGCCACUUUAGCAUUAGGAGCACUAGCCAUGUUAGCAUUAGCAGCAUUAGCAACAUUAGCAUUAACAGCAUUAGCCACAUUAGCAUUAGCAGCAUUAACCACAUUAGCAUUAGCAGCAAUAGUCACCUUAGCCACAUUAGCAUUAAGAGCACUAGCCACAUUAGCAUUAGCAGCAUUAACCACGUUAGCAUUAGCAGCACUACCCUCAUUAAUAUUAGCGGCAUUUGCCACAUUAGCAUUAGCAACAUUAGCCACGAUAGCCACAUUAACAUUAGCAGCAUUGGCCACAUUGGCCUUAGCCACGUUAGCCACAUUAGCAUUAACCACAUUAGCAACAUUAGCCCAUUAGCAUAACAGUAUUUGCCACAUUAGCAGCAUUAGCCACCUUAGAAGUGUUAGCCACAUUAGCAUUAACAGUCUUAGCCACCUUAGCCAUAUUAGCAAUAGCAGCAUUAGCCACAUUGGCAGUAUUAGCCACCUUAGCAUUAUCAGCAAUAGCCACAUUAGCAUUAGCAGUAUUAGCCACUUUAG